GCCGCCAGACAGACGGACACAUGCAGUAGCGGAAGGACAGCUCGCUUGCUUUUAUUUCCCUUCCCUUUCCACCCAGUUUCCACGGCCGGGCGCUGGCAUUCCCCGGGGACCUCGGCUCCCCCCUUCCUUCUCCGACUCCCUAGAGCCGGGGCCGUGCUGCGCUCUGCCAACUGCUUCUCAAGAUCUGGAUCUGCCUAGAGCUGGCUGUUGGGGUGAAAAGCGGCCAGCAUGGGGAUUAAAGCGGCUUUGCCAAGUUACGAGCUGGGGUUUUAUGCUCUGGUCCUGACCUGUGCCCUCGCGUACAGCAGCAGUGACAUCUUCGAAGCAUCCAGAGAUAACAUGAACAGAAAGGCCUUUCGGGAGGCCAUAAAGCCGGGAUGGCAUUACUUUGGCAGGAAAAUGGACGCAGCUGACUUUGAAUGGGCCAUGUGGUUCUCCUCCUUCAGGAACUUCAUCGUCUUUGCCCUUUCAGGGCACGUCCUGUUUGCCAAGGUCUGCUCCAUGAUAGUCCCACAGCACAGGUCUGUGGUCUACAUGCUGUAUGGGAUGCUGGCCGUGCUGGGCACCAUGGGCACCUCCUACCUGAUGAUCAUCCUCACCCACUGCCUGGUGCUCUACAGUGUCUCGCUGGCUAAGCAGAAGUGGCUGUGCCUUGCGGCUGGGCUCUGCAGCCUGGCCUCCUUCAAGCUGGAGCCUUUCAGCACGUGGCAGAAUGGGUUUGUAACGGGAACUUUUGAUCUUCAAGAUGUUCUGUUUUAUGGAGGAAGUGGCUUCACCAUUAUGCGCUGCAUGAGCCUGGCGCUGGAGAACUGCGAGAGGCAGGAGGGGAUCUACUCCAUCGUCAACUUGCUGAAGUACAACUUCUACCUCCCCUUCUUCUUCUUUGGCCCAGUUAUGACCUUUGACCAAUUCCACGCUCAGGCUGUUCUUUUUUUCCCCCACGUGCGAUACGCCCACACAGCUGGUCUGGCCUACUCCAACCUGGUGUAUGACUGGGUGAAGGCUGCGGUGAUGUUUGGCGUGAUCAACACCAUUUCCAGGUUGGACCACUUGGACCCACCGAAGCCUCCGAAAUGCAUCACCAUGCUCUACGUCUUUGCAGAAACGCACUUUGACAGAGGGAUCAACGACUGGCUGUGCAGGUACGUGUACGACCACAUUGGAGAAGACCACAACAACAUCGUGAAGGAGCUGCUGGCCACCAUCUCCACCUUCGCCAUCACCACCCUUUGGCUGGGCCCCUGCGAGAUCGUGUACAUCUGGUCCGUCUGCAACUGCUUCGGCCUCAAUUUUGAGCUGUGGGUGCAGAAGUUUUUCCAGAGAGCGCCUUUUGCCAGCAUGGAGGCCAGCAUGCCAGAAGCCAUGUCUCGGCGGAUUCGAGGGAUCUUCGGGGCUGCCAACUUCUGGGCCAUCAUCCUCUACAACAUCCUGGCUCUGAACAGCCUGGACUUCGCACUGCUUGUCGCUAAGAGAAUCAUCCUGACGGGUUUCCCCAUGAGCACCUUGUCCAUCUGGUUCAUCACCUACUGUGGCGUGCAGCUGAUAAAGGAGAGAGAGCGCCUCCAGGCUAUAGAAGAGGAGAAAGGGGAUAAGGAGAAGACAGAGUAGAGACGAGAGAAGGGUCUGCCCAGAAACAUGAGCAUCUCUUUCUCCUGGCCACCCAGACUGAGAUGCCUGUAACUCUGGGCUCCCCAGCUUUAUUUGCAAUCAUGCUGCGGAUCUCGUCCAUGUACAAA